ACAAUGUUCCUUCCCAAAAAUGAUGAUGAUGACUGCAAAGUACCCAAAAGCGGCUUUCAUACUGAAGACGCUUUGAGCCCCUGCAACAUUUCUUCUGAACGGAAAGUCGUUCACGUAACAUAUUUUACCCUUCCCUUUCUGGCGCUUGCCUGUUAAAAUGUUAUCUUUCAAAUGAAAAGUAAAUCCCUCACGGGAUUCCCUUUUAAAUAGUGCACAGGUUCUACAGUUUACGACAGGAUUUGCUGUUCCACAGUUAAUGUAUUUGUUACGUUAUUGUAAUUGUGACAUAACGCAGCAUUAGCCACAAUUACAAUAAAUGCAUUGCUACUGCCAUAAACUGAAGACGCGGGACAUGUGGUGUACUUAAUUUUGGCUUGGUUAGCUUUCCGUAGUUUGCUAUCAAAAUGGCUGACCUUUUGCACAUGCGCAAUACAAAUCAGAGUCGCCCGUUCCUUGACUAAUAUCUCUCUGGAAAAAAAAAAAAAAACCCCAACAACAACAACAACAAAAACAACAACCUGGUAGCACUGAACCAGUGCGUCCAUAAUUGGGUUUUUGGGAGCAAAAUCUCAAUCUUGAGCUCCCCGUGUACGGUUGGACUCGUUUGGGUGCGCGUUGAAGCUUCUCGGCCUUGCUUAGCUUGGCUUAGUUUAGCUUAGCUAAGGAGGCAGACGCCUUUGUCAUCGGAUUGGCGCAAAGUCUUGCGAAAAUGUUUGCAAGAACGACGGCAAACUCCGAGGAGGAACUUUGUGGAAAGCAAGAGAGCGAGCGUCAAGCUGUCUUCCAGAAUCUUCGAGCGUCGCCGCACGCAGCAGACGUCAGUGAAAAUCGUCUCGGUUCCGGGCAGCAGGAGCCAGAAUCUCCCCACGUUAAAGAGGAGCAGGCGCAUCCUCCCCAAAUGAAAAAGGAGUUCGACUCCUCGCACAUUAAAGACGAGAUCACGGAGUUUCCGUUGACGACGGACUUUAUGAAGAGCGAAGAUGAAGGUCAAGAUGAGGACCACAGAGGGGCGGAGUCUCCGGGCAUCAGCGCAAAAGGCGACGGUGACCGUGGCGGAGAAUCACAAACUGACAACCUCUUGGCGCCGAUAUCAGAGAGUGACAACAUGGCGUCAAACUCUUCGGACAACGAUGAUGUGUCUGACGGCGAUAUGACAUUCCAGACAGAUAAAAAGCGCUGGAAAUGUUCCGUAUGUGGGGGGACCUUUGUCUACAAGUGUAUUUUGAAAAGGCACAUGAUACGCCACACCGGAGAGAAACCUUUUGCCUGCUUGGAAUGUGGCAAAGCAUUCUCGCACAAGGGACACUUGAACGCGCACGUGAGAAUCCACACCGGGGAGAAACCUUUUGCCUGCACACAAUGUGACAAAACUUUCUCUUGUAAGGGACACUUAAGAACACACACAAAAACACACAUGGGGGAGAAACCUUUUGCCUGCUCAGUUUGUGGCCAAAGAUUCUCAAGAAAGGAAAACCUCAAAACGCACACUGUCAGACACACCGGCGAGAAGCCUUUUGUCUGCUCAUUUUGCGGUCAGCGAUUCGCUAGAAAGGAAACGUUAAAAACGCACACCAGUAUUCACACCGGAGAGAAGCCUUUGGUCUGCUCCGUGUGCGGUCAGAGAUUCUCCACGAAGGAAUACUUGAAAAUACACACACGGGCCCACACCGGUGAGAAACCUUUUGUCUGCUCAGUUUGCGGUCAAAGGUUCUCUCAGAAGGUGAACUUGAGAACGCACCGAAGAACGCACACCGGCGAGAAGCCUUUUCCCUGCUCAGUGUGCGGUCAAAGAUUCUCGCGAAAGGAAACCUUAAAAACGCACACCAGAACGCACACCGGCGAGAAACCUUUUGCCUGUUCAAUUUGUGGUCAAAAGUUUUCUGUGAAGGAAUAUUUAAAAAAACACACGAGAGGCCACACCGGCGAGAAACCUUUUGCCUGCUCGAUAUGCGGUCAAAGAUUCUCACGAAAGGAAAACUUAAAGACGCACAUUGGCACGCACACGGGUGAGAAACCGUUUUCCUGCUCAGGUUGCGGUAAAAGAUUCACCCGACAGCACACCUUAAACGCGCACACGAGAAGCAACAUCGGCCAGAAGCAGUUUGCUUGCGCCGGUUGCGGCCAAAGUUUCUCCUGUAAGGAUGGGAUGAAAAAACACAAAUGUGCUGGUGAGAAUAGCAGUAAUCAAUAAACAUUUAAAUGAUAUUUCAAUGUUUAAUAUUGAAGUCAGAUACUAUGACACUAAAUGCUGAAUGUUUUCUAUGUACUUCUAUUCUGUGUAGCUCGUUGUGUUUACUUCCUGCAAGUGUUAGCACUUGCGCUGAAGCGUGGAAAGCAACGUGUCCCGAUUUGUCGCUGUCAAAUAAGUGAACGAUUGAUUGCUUGAUGCAAAUCUACUGUAAAGAAACGUAGCAAUAAGACGGAAAUGUAUACAAGUGUUGCUGAAUAAAAUCUAACUCUUCAAACGGU